CCUUUCAGUCCCUCCUAUAAACUUUGUAGCGAGUCCUGAGAGCCUGUGUGUCUACAUCCAACAUUCUCCUGCUCUUCACACUUUAGCUUUUAUCUGAAAGGACUGCUUCCUCUUUCGGCUGCUGUUUAACGGGCACCACAAGAACAUAACAGCACCACCAUCUCCAUCCGUCCAUUCCUCUCACUGCCGCUAGUCUACAGUCUUCAUCAGGAUGGAGAGGGUGCAGCACAUGGCACGCUCAGCCAUCCGGAGGGCGUCCAACAUCGAAGUGAACCCACAGACCAAACGUAACCUACAAGAUCUCAUCAUCAACUUCUCCCUCAUCCUCAUCUGCCUGCUGCUCAUCUACAUCAUCGUCUUGCUCAUGUGACAGCAAAAGAUGACAACCGGCCAAUCGCAAGACGCACUGCACAAGACCUUGGACAGUUUUGGGGAAUUGAAAAUGUCCUACUGAUGAUGCAACACAUGUUAAUUUCCUGAAAUGAUUCGAGGGCAGCACUGAUUUUUCUUCAUUUAUGUUUGUUGCAUUAUUCAUUCAACAAUAAGCAUAUUUUUGACCUUUGGAUGAUUACAAAUCUCAUUUAUGUCUUGUAUUGGGUUAUAUAUAAAACAUACAAAA